GCAUCAUUUGCAAAAAUGUCCAAAUAAAAUAAGCUCGUUAAAAAGUAGUAACUGUAAAGCAAACGCUCGGUUCUGCUUUUGUUUAAAUUAAGCGGUCAAGGUGACAGGAAAAAGGGCCGGAUGAGGACUAGAUUUGCAGAGGUGUGGGGAGAGUGUGGAUGCCACAGUGAUCCUCUAGACUGACGUCUCUCUGGUAGCGCAGAAGAAGACCGCAACACGGUUAUUUCACAGACUUCAGUGCAACCAGGCAGUCGACAGUCUCUCCCGCAGAGAGGCAUAGAGAAAGAGAAGGAAGGAGAAAAAAAGAACUUCGGCAACGACAAGCUGUAGCUUUCCAGCAUGUUCAGCCUUCUGAAAUCUCCGUUUAAACACACUCGCCCAGCAACUGUUUGAUUUUGCUGGUGUGCAGGAUUUUUCCCCCCUCUUCGCCCCCUUGGAAAGAUUCGUCUUUUUUCUAUCCUCCUCCGGCUGAUGUAAAAAGAAAAACGAGCCCCUUGAUCUUGGAAUGAUGUGGACCUCACACGAUACUGUUGGAUUUGUUUUCUUAACCGGAUUUUGCGUUCAAUUCGGAUUCUCUUUUGAAGGUCGGUUCACGGACCUGCCCUCCAACAUGACCGUCAAAGAGGGUCAAAACAUAGAAAUGGCGUGCGCGUUCCAAAGCGGAACCGCCUCCGUGUAUUUGGAGAUCCAGUGGUGGUUCGUGAAAGCGCCGGAGCCGAGUGACAGCGAGGAGGACAUCGAUGCUCAAGAGAUGGAGAUGAUACAAGAGCCCGAUCCUGAUGAUGAGGGGACGAAAAUAAGUACUGUGAAAGUCCAGGGCAAUGACAUCUCACACAAGCUGCAGAUCUCCAGAGUCAGCAAGAACGAUGAAGGUCUAUACGAGUGCCGGGUGACACGCGCUAACUACGGAGAGAUUGUGGAGUACAAGGCCCAAGCCUGGUUGAAGGUCAACGCCACGUCCAGGCCCCAACGACCACUGCCACCUCCUGAGAAGAACUCCCUACGGCACCUGAAAAACAAGAAGCCAAGAAAGUCCAGCUCAUCACUGGGGCAGGACAUGAGUUCAGACCAGAGGGUGGUCUCAACUUCCACCUCUCACACAUCCUCCAAUACAGCUAAACACAACCCCGGCUCAGGUACAAGAAUAUCAUCCAGCUAUGGACUGGCUGUCCUCCUCGUGGCGUGUGGUUUGGUGAGGAAUGCCUUGUUAUAAUUUGAGGAACUGACAUGGUUUGCACCCAGGUCUCUCUCUCUCUCUCUCACUCACUCUCUCUCUUUCUGUUUGCUCUCAAAGCGAAUGAGAAAAAAAAGCCUGUUUUACUCCCUGCCCCUCUCCCCGGCCCUGCCCCCCUCUUACCCCACACACAUCUCUCCACCAUAUUGCGGACAGCACAGUUGCCCCCCCUCGUGUCCUAGCCACUACUGCUCUUGCACCCAGCACAUUGUUAUUAGCCAAUGUAAACACCAGUCACAUUUAAAGCUGUCGGAUUACCUUUUGUACAGACGUCAUCCUGACACCACCUGAGGUGCAACGCUCCUAUGUGACAACUGGACUCUGUAUCUUGUUGGAUAAAUCUCAUGGAAGAAUGACUUUCUUAUGGUUUCGCUGUUCCAGUUCAUGCGUUCAUUGCUCAAAAGCGAACAAAAAAAGGAGAGUCUAUAUUUGUGUAAUAUAUAUAAUUCUAGAUCUGUAUCUAUAUCUGUUUUAUUUGAAGCACCUAGAAUUACUGUAUGUGCUGUAUACAUAGCUACCACUCACCAUAUUGACCAUGGAACUUCAAUGUGAAUAGGCACUCUUAGCCCUCUCGAAGAGAUAAUUUAUAUUCAAGUAUGUGUUAAUUUAGACUGUUACCAUUAACCAACAGGUUAACGAAAGGUUAAAUUUUCAAAUUUUUCUUUCAGCUGUAUCAGCCACCCAGCUUUCCAUUGUGCAUAAUUUUACAUCUUGUUAGUGAUCCAUCCGGGGAUAUGCAUGCUUAUCGGUCUGAAGGCUUAGAAGAGAGGAUAACACAUUAGUUAGCUACAUGAGUCAAACAUUUGGAGUUCAGUGUUACAAUAUUUUGAAUUUAGCUUUAUUUUAAUGUGCUAACUUGAUGUGAAAAAAAUGUCCCUAUGUCAUUUUAAUUUGUAUCGCAUCCUUGGUAGGAAUAAAAAAGGAUGUCACAAGUUACGAGUCAUUCAAAAUUGUAAUAUGUGACCAUUGGAUGAUUGAUUUUAACUGACCUGGACCUUUGCUAAAUGACAUGCUUCAGAUGCUGUGCACCUCCCUGCUAUAAUUACAGAGGAUGAAUGAGGAUUUACCCACUUUGGAUGAUGAGGAUAGCUAGCAUUUAUUCGUUUUGAUUCCUAAUGCAUACAGUGACACACAUACAGGUACAAGUCUGAGUGGCAGGGUGGUGACAUGAGAUCCAGUGACACAGAGAGUAUACUCAUUAUGUGAAAUACGUUUAUUUUUUUCUCUCUUAAUCUCACAUUAAUAUAUUUUUAGCUUUAUCUUCAGAUGAUAUAUCACAGAGAUUUUUAUUCAUGCAGAGCAUUUAUUAAAAAUAUACCGCUUUGACAAUCUGACACAAACAGAGGCAAAGGCAUGGUGGGGUUUCAUAAUACACAUAGCUUAGAUCAUUAGCAUGACUGAGGAUAACCUCCAAAAGAAAAACGGAUUCUUUCCUUGUUGUUAACUUUUGAGCAGAAAGGACAUUGCGCACCAAUGUUCCAAUUUAAAGUGAAAUAUUUAUGAAUAAGUGAAUAGCUGACAGAUGUUUCAAGAAGGAUACUGUAAAUGAAUGUUGUCGACCAUAAAAUUCAGUGCCAGAGAGCACCAAUCACCCUGCAACGAGAUCAGUGCUUUAUUUCCCAACUUUCUUCUUGCUUAGCCCAACUUUUAAGGUGGUCAAAGAUAAAGCAUGAUAAUAGAAGUCAUAAUUUGUUAUAUGGUGUAAGCUGGCUUUCAUGCAUAAUAUAUAAGGAGUGAUCAAAAAAUUCUGGGAAUCCACCCCACACCCCCUAAAAAAUCAACUGUUUUACUCCUUGGCCAUAUCAUUUAAAAUUGGCCGACCUCUUGUUCAAGAUCAUCUUCUUGUGCACAGGUGGUAUUUUUAGAUCACCCUGUACAUUUAUCCCUGACUUGCCUCUCCAAUAUGUGCUGAUGUCCUUCAGUUUUAUUAAAACUGGAUUUUCAGUUUCAGGAAAAAGUUACAGGGAGGCAGAUAAUGCACGUGAAAAGCAAAGAUUGUGUUGAUGUGGGUGAAAAACUGGCACGCAAUAGCAUUUCCCUGAGGCACCUCGCACCAAUGCAGCAACAGUUGGCUUUGACAGACUGGACCAGACACACAUUGUCAUGGUGCACAACCUCAUGAAUGUCAAAAAAAAAUGAUGAGCAUGCUUCUUAUUUCCCACCUCAUCUGAUCUGCUGCCUUCAAACUAUUGGAUCACAGCUGGAAACCCAGAUCCCAUCACCAGCGACGACCGAGUCAAGUUGCUGUUUGGUCACCGUGCAAGUUUGAGGUCCACGGUGAAAUCACAGAAUGUACAUGUGGUAAAAGAAAAAACUUCCAGGGAGUGAUCUAAAAAUAGCAGCUAUGCUGGAAGCUGUCUGGACAUUCCUGAGAGGAUGAUAUUGAAUGAGAGAUCAGAGAUGUUUAAAUCAGGCAGGGUUUUUAAUUAUUAUGGACCUGAUCUCAGGGCGUUUUGAUCACACGUCAUACAGAUGCAUUUUGAAAUGGUUACUGUGUAUGUCCCAAAAAAGGUAAAUGUUCACUUCACUUUGAGCUUUCAUUCUGCUUUGCACUCAAAGCUAAAUCAAAUUCUCCCUUGUAUAGAUGCAUUUCCAAAUAGCAGUUGUGUGAAAACUUGUUGAUCCAGCUCGGAGCUUCAAAGGCUGACAGAAUGUGUCGUGCUUUGGGAUAAGAGCAGAGACAUCUUCUGAUCAGAAGCAUCAAGGCUGGGUACAAGAUGUGCGGGCGAUGGAGGACGACCCUGUCUAAUGCCUCAAGUUUCAAAUAGCUUCAAUGCACAUUUAGACAGUUAAUCUAACAUCACUGUCACAUAUAUGCCACUCGACAGAUUGUUUUGAAAAGAAACAUGCUAUGUAAUAUGAUUUAGUUUACAAGGAGAAAACAAUCUUUUCCAGUGUAUUGAGACUGAGAUUUGAAUGUGUGCCAGAGAGUGGACGGUGUGUCCAACCCUCAUGUAAAAAGAUGCAGAAUUGUACAACUUGUAAAUGAAAUAAUCAGCAUGAGAACAUUUUUUAAAUCCAUUUAAAAAGGCAGAGGCCAGUGAUGUUCUGUACUUGUAACAAUGGUGUCAUGUAUUCAUAUUCAAGUGUAAACAAGUCCAAAGUGGGUUUUCAUCUCUUCAAAAUGAAAAUGGGUAAAAUGUAUUUGACAAAAAAAAGUAUCUAUCUAUCUAUAUAUAUUAGAAACAUCUCCUUUAUAAAGCCUUCAUCUUAAUCUAGGGGACUCACUUUAUUGUGGGUCCUUGUAACAUACUGAAUAACAAAGAAAGAGAGAUGGGAGCAAUGAUUGAUUGGUGUGGUUAAAAAAAUAAUAACUAAUACUUGGUAUGAGUGUUGGGAGAGGCUGAAUUGCUUACAAGCAGCAAGGUCUCUGUUACCAAAGAGGAGAACAGUUCACAGUGAUGGUUACAGCAGCAGUUCCUACAUCCAGGGAUGUUAUUUCAGAAACAUCACACAGCCAUUUUUGUUCUGUUUUAUAUGCCAACUCUUCACCCACUCUAGAUGUAUUUGUUUCUUCUAAUGUAUUUCAUUUCAAUGCGGUCCUGUCUGUUUGUUGAGCUGUCAAAAGUUCUGAUGAAUUAUAAUUCUCUUUUCUUUGCUAUUGUGUGAGGCUUCUGUACUGCAACAUUGCAACAGUUUGUAUUAUAAUGACAAUACCAGAAUAAUAUUUAAAUAAACCAUUUUCACAGAUGAAAUUCAAA